AUGAACGUAAGAGAUUCAACAAAAAAAUUUGCCUACAUCGACAACUUAUUUCGCACACGAAGAAAUCUUUCCAUUAUUCAUGAUAACGAAACCCCUUGCUCCUCACGAGGUCUCGGAAGAAGAUUGUUUACUAUUGCCUCGUAUCGAAACCGUGGUUACUCACCUAUGAUGUCAAAGUCGUAUGAAUCAAAUUGUCAAAAUAUUCGCCAAAAUUUCUUCAAGGGUACCAAUUUUCAUCAUCAUCAGGCGUUUCUGAAUCACGGCAUGAAUACUUCCUCAAAUAUGCAUGAAAAUGAAGACUUUCCAAACCUCUCUAAUGAAAAACUCUAUCGAUCUUUGUCUUUAGAUGAACUAGCCAAGAAAGAGAAUAGUAUUUGUUCUCCAGGCGUCCCUCCUAAUUCGCUUUCUAAGCUACGCAUAUUAUCCGAUUUAAACCUGAAUGCUCUGCCAUUCGAUUCCAUGCAAGCUAGUAGGUGCCACUCGGAUCCCGAACUUUACUUAGUUCUUACUCUUCAGUCACAUGCGCCAGCCGACCAGGUGCUGCCCGACAACCCCGAAGUAUCAGGAUGUCACGUUCGACCUUCAGUGGACUCUCCUAUCCACACUUGUAACAAGGUGAGCUUGCUUCAAAUAAAUGAACAGCUUGAAGCGAAGUUUCAGUGGCCGUUUUGCUUCCAAAUGGGUUGCCCUCCCGAUCCCGAACCAGAUGCUACAAGGUCGAUAGAUGGCCUCACCUCAGUAUCACGAAUUCUCUCCGUUUAUCGAAGUUCGAGGAGCCGCGACAAGAUUUGUGGCUAUGAUGAGGAUGACAGGAAUGAUGAAGAGGAUGAAGAAUCAGAAUUCGAGGGUCAGACGCAGCUCUGCUCACCAUUCGCAACUACUAGCACCUUCUCAACGCGAGUCAAUCUUCCGGCCCGGUCAGCCAGGCCUGGCCCUUGUGAUCCAGUGGAUGCAUUCUAUCCCGGUUCUCUCUCAGCCGCUUUCGCUAGGCAGCCUCGUCGUCACCCCCUGCCCAGGCGUCCCUUGUUGGCCUCCUGUAGCAUGCCAGAGUUGACAGAUUCGGUUUCGGCCGGCCGUCAUACAACUAUAUCAGACAUUCUCCUCUCAAUCUGGUUAAAAUGCAUGAUUCGUCCUUUUUGUGCAUGCAUGAGGUGCCCUUCUUCACUGUCCUCCUCCAUGAAGUCAUCCAUAUCAGAAACCAACACAGGUAACAGCUUUUCCGUGUCACCUGCAGAGGGGUCUUGGUGUGGCAAUGUCUUCGGGGCCAGAGCCAUCAGCUGCUGCUAUUGUCACUUCCUCCGAUCUCUUUUAUCCAGAUCCUGGAAUCAUGCCACUGAUUCUCACUCAUCCAUAAAUAAAGCAUUUUUAUUUGGUAUGACAUCUUCCUUGUUUCCGGGUGUCGUUAUCUCGUCCACUGCCUCCUCGCACCCGCUUAUUCCCAUAAGCUGCAAUACAGUAGCCCAACUUUCUAUAGAACCAACGGAACUCGACAGGAUCUCUCGGUCUCGACAGUCACGCGUUACCUGCGGGCGGAAGAAGCGAAGCCUGCGACGAACACGCUCUUUGUUGUCGGUUAGUAUGACCAAAGUACGACUCGACAUCCUCACCAAGAUGCUAGAUCUGACCGUCUUCCGCAGUCCGGCCUUCUGUCUCUUCCUCGCCUCCAACGGGCUUCUCUUCUUUUGGUACAAUGUCACUUUCUUCUUUAUGAGCCUGCGUGCCGAGCAGCAAGCAGGCAUCUCAGAUGUCUUGUCCGCCUACCUCUUAUCGGUGCUUGGAGUCGCCAACAUGAUUGGCGAGGUGUUGGUCGGUUGCCUGGCUGAUUGUGAAGGUGUAGACACUCUGCUUCUAUACAUCAUUUGCAUGCUUAUCUGCGGCGUAUCCACCACCAUGCAAAAUAUUAGGGAGCUCAUUGUAACUUAA